AUGGCUUACAAUCUUCUUCUCACCGUCCUCAUUGUACUCGUUUCCAUUUCUCUAACUUCUAGUUAUUCUCAUCCAACAAGAGAUGUUUUGUUUAAACAAGCCGAUGAUGAAUCGUACUCUAUGGCCACGAUUGAGCAAGGGUCUUCGAUGAUUGAUGUUGAAGAUCUAGUGAAAGCCCGAAGUCUUCAAGCUCUACUCGCUGGCUCAAAAGUGGAUGUGAAUGAAGCUUCUAAUGGCACAUCAUUCAAGAGUAAUGAUUUGUUAACCUAA